AUGGCCAGAAUGGUUUCUAGAAAGGAAUGGUACGGCCGUGCCGUUUACUUUUUUGAUCGACUUAGCGGAGGCCCUUCCGAAGACCUAAUCAAACUUCAAACAACGCAGGUGCAUACACACAAUUUGGCUUUUAUGCUAAGAAUAAAAACAUGCGUGAAAUUCAGUGGGAAAAAGUCGAAUAAAUGCCUCGAUGUGCUUUUACAAACUACAGAAAUAGUUCAAGACCAUGAUUCUCGCCAUAGUUCAUAUCAUCAAAGUGAAGAAUUAGGUGAACCGAGUAUAACGGAGGAUACUCCACUCUUGCGCAGAUUCCCUCCUUUAGAGACUGCUCAGCGAAGUCCUCUGACUACAGUAAUUGUGUCAUUCCUUAUAAUAAUAUUGUUAUCGGGAGUUGUGAUUGGAAUCUAUCUACUCAUAUUGCAAAGUAGAGCAGAAAAUGUGCUACCGCCUGUGGAUAUGCCGUUGCAAUAUGUCAGCCGUUUACAGUGGGCUGGUGGGGAAUCCCCGAGGCUGUCGAUGUAUCCCCGUAUGGCCAGCCAGGUGAUCGUGGUACACACCGAAACUGAACAGUGCUACACUAUAGAUACCUGCACGGAACUGCUGCAAAACAUGCUGAACAAAACUGAAGGUAGCCGAGUUACGUUGCCGUACAAUUUUCUGAUAUCAUCAAACGGACAGAUGUACGAAGCACUCGGUUGGCGCAGCAUCUCACCUCUGUUUCCACAACAUGCAUCAUCGUCCCUCGUACUGGCAUUCAUUGGUAAAUAUCUACAACAGUCCUUACGUACGCGACUUGGUAUGAAACAAACUCUCGGUCCGCACGCACCGGACAUACUGUACGCGAAGAAUUGUACGAAUUUACCGAUGUCAUACGUCCUACAUACGUUUGCUGAAACACUAGAUUCAGUACACAAUAAACACUCUCUGAUGUUAAAUAGUGGUGAUUUUUCCAAUUCGCCACCAACAGCGGCUCAGCUCGCGGAAGCAAAUAAUUUCUUCGCUGAAUCGAUUAGUCGCCGGCACUUGUCUUCGUCCUACGUUUUAUUCGGUAAAAGAACCAAAGAAUCGCCUAAAUACCUAUAUUUAAGUAUGCAGUCGUUACCGCAGUGGAGACAGGAACUAACUGACUAAAGUGAUAUUAAAUAUAGGACUAAUAAUAUAAGUUCUUAAGGUUGCUCGCUCACGUCAGACAUAAACCAAUGGAAGUGCUUAUAUGCUGUAACAGAUGUAAUUUUUGUUUUCAACGAACAUCAUCACGAUUAAAUAAAAUAGCUUUUUGAAACUGUAAAAAAUUACGAUUUAUAAAAAAAAACAUAUUGCUAAUUAAAGGAUAAUUCUUGUGACAAGUACCAAAACGGUGUGGCUAAACUAAUAGUGAUUUAUAGUAUUAAACAAUUAAUUAGAUAACUCGAUUUAACAUUUAUAUUGUUUGGAAAUUUG